AUGGCUUUCAUACAGGAGCUGCCUAAUGAGCUCAUCCUAAUGUUGGUAGUUGACAUGCCGCUAUCUGCUUUCGCCGCUCUACGACAGACAUCCAAACGUUUCAAUGAAGUCACGAUUGCCACCUUUGGGAGAAGAUUUUUUCACACCCGCAAUAUCAUGCUCCAUGAGAAAAGUGUCCAGAAUCUUGACUCCAUCGCGAAACAUCCCGUAUUUGCAUCUUGUGUUCGCAAGGUUGGCUUUUCACCCACCCGCGUGAAAAGUGACUGGUAUGGGUUUGAAGAAGAAUGCGAGGCCCGUCGGCACUAUGGAGUAGAAGAAAUGAUAUUUGAGAACAUGCGUGGUAUACCUCAACGACUGCCGGCCACGUCCUUCAUAUUCGACGUAGACCAGGCCUUUGCGAGACUCCCAAAUUGCAACACGAUCUCGCUCACUAAUGCCCAGCGACCUUGGGGCUUACGUACACUUAUAGCAGACGAGCUUUCGGAAGUUCAGAGUUACGAAGAGUCCCAAAAGUUCAAAGGCAGAUGGUUUAUCCGAUAUUUGAUCGGGUAUAUCUUUGCCUUGAGCAUCAAAUUUGACAUGGAGAAUAUCGAGAUCUUUGCCGAUAAGGUCUGCCACAAACCUUGGAAAGGGUUGCCUUGCCAGUCUUGCAGCACUAUCGGGAUCUCUGAUAUCUGUAUGGCACGGCCUGCUGCUAGCUCAAACCUGAAGUCCUUGAAAAUGACCGCCCACACGCAUUAUCGGGCUUGGCCAAACGACGCGUUCACCCAGUUGAUUUCUUGCUUUCCCCAGCUCUCAAGCUUAACACUGGACUUUGACACGAGAACUUAUGAGUGCCUCUACUUCUCGGAAUUCAAAAUACCAGGGCUCAAAGAGCUCACCCUCUGCUGCAGAUAUUGUCACCCAAGCGAAUUAGCAGACGUUGUAAAGCGACAUAAAGAGACCCUGGACCGUGUGGCUUUCCACGAUGUCUACUUGAAAAAUCUUCCAGACUGGCUCUUUUUGAUGGACGUUUUGUGUAAGAUGUCGAACAUACAUGUACACUUUGAGUGGUUCAAGGGGAAGGAAGGGAUAUUCUGGGUUGGGCGUACUUCAGGCAGACCAGAGCUCGAUGCGUUGUACAGGGAACUGUAUAAUACCAGUGAUUUGAGGAAUGACAAUGACAAAAGAAAGAUGCGAGACUUGCUCCAUCAAAUUGGCGAUCAAGAUGUCUGGGCAGCCAUUCAGUUGUGA